GAUAAUAUUUGGACGCAUCUGACGGAGAGAAGCAUGGUUGAUAACACAAGUUUAGCAACUAAAUCUGCUUUGCAAGACUCCUUCUCGUCCGCCAGCAGCCUUCCCCUCCAGGCUCCCUCCGCCUCCUCCCACAGCCUGUUCCCCGGCUCACAGUCCCACCAGCCCGGCAGCGGCGGCAUGAAGCUCGAGGCGGUCAUGGAGAACCUACAGCGGCAACAGGCAGCACGGCUGGCCCUGGAGGAGAAGCUUCGGCAGGCAGAGAAGGAGAAAGACCUCCGCUCCAUGGUGGAGUCCCAAAUACACCAACAAGCCCUGGCUUUCCGUCACUACCAGGCGGCGAUGCGAGGCGCUCUGGUCGCCGGAGUUGCCAACUCUUCCCCCGGGGUGACGCUUCCUCACAUGGAGGUCCACAGAGCCGACGAGGACAGAAACUCUUCCAGAGCCGGUAGCGAUGAUAAGGAGCGGGAUGAUGAGGAAGAUGAUAUGGAGGAGCAGGAGGUCAUUGAUGAAGAGGAGGACGACGAAGACGAUAUCGGGUUGAACCACUACAAGCAGCGGCAUUCCUCUCUCCAGGAAGCCUGCCUGUCUCCGAAGAGCGGCCCGAUGCAUCUCAUGGCCAGAGUCCCGGGGCCCUUCGCUCCGGCCCGCCGCGCAGAUUCCCCGUCAGCACAGCCGCAGUCCCAGCACCACGAGUGGACCUACGAGGAGCAGUUCAAACAGUUGUAUGAAUUGGAUGAUGAUGAAAAGCGCAAAGAGUUUCUUGAUGAUCUUUUCAGUUUCAUGCAGAAACGAGGGACUCCAGUGAAUCGGAUUCCUAUCAUGGCCAAGCAGGUGUUGGAUCUCUACAUGCUCUACAAGCUCGUCACCGAAAAAGGCGGCUUAGUGGAAGUCAUCAAUAAGAAAAUAUGGCGUGAGAUCACCAAAGGCCUUAACCUCCCUACCUCCAUUACCAGUGCUGCUUUCACUCUCCGAACACAGUAUAUGAAGUACCUCUACCCAUAUGAAUGUGAAAAGCGGGGACUGAGCUCCCCUGGUGAGCUUCAGGCAGCUAUUGACAGCAACCGGCGGGAAGGCCGUCGGCAGAGCUACGGCUCAGCCAUCUUCAGCUACUCUCCUGUGGGGACCCCCACCCUCCUGUCUUCACCAAAGAUACAAAUGUCCCACCUUCCUAUGCCCCAUCAUAACAGUGGCCAUAUCUCCCAGGUGUCUGUCAUCAAGAAAGAGGAGCCAAUGAUGGCUAGCUGCCUGCCCACUCGGAUGGCCCUGCCCAUGUCGCCCAGCGGCCAUCAUGCUGCAGCUGUGGCUGCUCAGGCAGUGGCUGCUCAGGCUGCUGCUCAGGCUGCAGCGGCCGUUCAGGCAGCAGCUCUGGAACAGCUCAGAGAGAAGCUGGAAAGCGGUGAACCUCCAGAGAAGAAGAUGAUGAUGGUGGCAGAGGAACAGCAGAGGCUCAUGCAGCACGCACUGCAGCAGAACCUGCUGGCUAUGGCCACACAGCUGCCUCUCAACAUCAAACUUAACAACAGAGAUGAUAGACAAGAAACCGCAUUGAACCUGUCUACCAACGGCAUUAGCAGCAUCAACAUGUCAAUAGAAAUAAAUGGAGUUGUCUACACAGGCAUCCUGUUUGCUCGGCAGUCGGCCAUAGCAGGGAUUACGGGCCACCGUGGGAAGCACAGCAACUGUCAGACUCAGGGAAAGACAAGUCCCACACAGUUCCAACCGUCCUGCUCAUCUUCCUCCUCAUCCUCCUCCUCCUCCUCUCUACACGGACACCGAAACUCCUCCCCGUGA